CUAAGGAUAUUGCCGAGAAAACUAAGAGAGGGGGUUCUCCUACGGUCAAUAGUGAGCAGGCUGCCAGUUCAAGGCAAGCCCCGGUGCAGCAUAUAUGAAAGAGUCACGAUCAGGGGUCGCAUUAGCAGCUCCAACCUAUUUUGAUUGAGCUGCGUGGCUACCUCUCCUUCUUCAGUUCCCCUCAAUCUCUUCUUCCCAUCACUUCGCUUCCCCCUUCCCCCCCUCCGCCCCUCUGGUGUGUCUUGAUCUCAGGGAAGAGGACUAGCCCAGAGCAUAAUUGGAGUCAUCGUCGAUGGAGGCAGAUCGAGAUUAUAGUAGCAUCGUCCAUUCACCGCCAUUCACCUUCCUGGUCGGUCCCAAUCACACCAAACUCACCAUCCAGGCUGGUCUCGCCCGUCAUGUCUCCCAGCCGCUGGACCAUCUUAUGAACAGCGGGGAAACCCGGGAAUCGAAACAUCACAUCGCCGUGCUUGAGGACGAGGAUGUCGAGACCUUUGUCGCCUUCUGCGAGUAUGCCUACACCGGGGAUUACCGCGUGCCUCCCCCAGGGUCGCGUGAGGAAGACCGCGACGAUCAGCGCGUGAGUAAUCCUUUCCGCGGAGUGUUCUCCAAGGACUCCCCGACCAGUCCAGUGCGGACUAUCCCUCCGCGUGCCCCGACACCCCCUAGAACUGCUUCAAGGGAGUCCCACGACCGUCCCGGCGAAGGCGUGUAUGCGGGCUCUGGCAAAGACGACGACGACUGGGAAUGUGCAAUCGCGCCAGAUGAAGAGCCUGCAAAUCCCGGGCAGGAAAUGAGAUCAGAGUCUAGGAGGCCCAGUGACCAGCCGCCGAUGACCCCAGCCGUGGAUAGGAAGGAAGAGGAAGGCGCUUGGGACGCGGCGGACGACGAAGCAGCCAAAGGCAAAAAAGGCAAGAAGAACAAAAAGAACAACAACAAGAAGAAAAGGGCCGGUGCUUCUGAGGAGGCGACACCUAAGCUGACACCUCCUUCCACGCCACCUCCUGAGAACUUGAAACCCGAGGAAGAGGGGGACCCAGCUGUGGAAACCAACAUGGUGGCAGAACAAUGGGAACAAGACCAUGCCACAGUGGAGGGAUCCGGCCCUGCGGAGUCGGCUCCGUACACGGAGACUUGGGGCCAGACGGCUGCCACUCCUCCAGCAGAAGCUGAAACCAGCGACGCAGAUAAGGCGGGUGCGAAACACACACUACAAGCCCCUAAGGAGGAGGAGAAGCAGAUGGGCCACGACCACAGUGGUAGGAGACUGACUGGGCCGAUGAUUGACACCUCCUUUGCCAAGCAGCAGUACUCCCGUCUGCAUGAGAAGGGAAGCAACUUAUGGGAUGAGUUCGCCGCCAUCGACUAUAUCGACCCCCGCUCCUGUCUCAGCACCAGGCCUCCGAGUGCCAUGUCCUCUCGCUCGCCACAUGAGCUGCCGUACUUGGUCUUCCAUGCCAAGCUCUACGUCUUUGCGACACGGUACCUGAUCCCGGCACUGGCUCAGCUCUGUCUCCGCAAGUUGCACCGGGACCUGCUGUAUCUAGGCUUCCCUGAGAGGGACCAGGUGGAUGAUGAUGAUGAAGAUCAUCAUGCUCUGGCCAGCAUCAAGGCUCGUAAAAUCCUUGACCUGCUACACUAUACGUACACCAAGACCACCCGUCUAGAGCCGAUCACUCCGACCUCUGCCACCCAACUGCGGGACAACGAGUUGCGAAAGCUGGUUGUGCACUACGCAGCGUGCAAGGUGCGGGACCUGGCCUCGUACUGUCCGCCAGUCGAGAGUGAUUUGGGGUCUCCCUCGAUCAGAUCCCAGAAGCCUUCCGCGCAGGGCUUGCGGGCAUUGCUUGAUAGUACGACAGAGCUUGCCUCUGAUCUCGUAUACCGGAUGAUGAUGUGAUUUUGUGUUGGUGGUUAUGCUGUGAACAGCACCAUUCUUUUACUUCUUCAAUGUCCCCUUCCAUCUUUUGUUCUUCGAUCUGUUCCUGGCCAUGCAUGUGAACCCGUUUGUUCCCAUCCGUUCCAGAGGAUCCCAGACAAGGAUGUACGAACUGCAUAAUCCGGCGUCCAUAAC